AACAAUGAUAUAGACAAUGUAGAGACAAGUAGUAAAUCAUUACCUUCAUCAGUACGUUAUAUACUUGGUAGUGAAGUAUGUGAACGAUACUCAUACUAUGGAAUCAGAUCCGUUAUGGUAUUAUACCUCACAUCAUUCAUGGGAUACAGCGAUGACAGUGCCACCUCCAUUCUACAUGGUUUCAACUUUGUUGCAUACUUCUUACCAAUGUUUGGCGCUUAUGUAGCAGACAGUAUACUGGGCAAAUACAAUACGAUACUAUACUUCUCAUUGGUGUACUCAGUUGGUGGCGUGUUCUUGGCCAUCUCAGCAGUGCCAGCUAUAAUGGGUGACAUGCCAAGUGAGCGAUCACCUUGGGCAUGGAUUAUCGGACUCAUAUUGAUAGGUGUUGGAACGGGUGGAAUCAAACCGGUCGUGUCAACAUUCUGUGGCGAUCAGUUGGACAAUAGUCAGAAGGAUCUUGUACAAAGACUCUAUCAGCUGUUCUACUUUGCCAUCAACAUUGGCGCAUCUCUGUCUACAUUCCUCACGCCACUCUUCAGAACAUAUAUUGGCUAUUGGUUUGCAUUUGGCCUACCAUCAGUGCUGAUCAUUGCUGCAACUGUUGUCUUUGUUCUUGGCUCGCGAUCAUAUAAGAGACGUCCCAUCACUGGUAGCAUAUUACUCACUUCGGCCAAGGUCAUUGGAUGUGCCAUCUCCGAAAAGGUCAGACUAAUGCGCAGUGGCUCGUCGUCAUACUGUGUUCAUUGGCUCGAUCGCGCUCGCGUCAAGUACGACUCACAUCUGGUCGACUCGGUCAAGGCGGCAUUGAACGUCCUGCUCGUGUUUGUGCCACUGCCAUUCUUUUGGGCGAUUAGUGAUCAGAGUGGAAGUAGAUGGACACUACAAGCCAAACAGAUGGACCUACGCAUUGGAUCAUAUAACAUGCCAGCUGAUCAAGUACAAAGUGCUGAACCAAUCCUAGUCAUGCUCUUCAUUCCAUUCAUUGAAUACCUUAUAUAUCGACCACUUAGGACAAGGAAUAUUGAAUUCCAUCCUCUGAGACGACUCUGGAUUGGAAUGUGGAUAUCAGUGCUAUCCUUUGUCUUUACUAUUAUGCUGCAGCUCAAGAUUGAUAACAGCCCACCAAACACUGUGUCAGUGCUGCUGCAACUGCCACAAUAUUUGGCAAUCACAUUCGCCGAGGUGCUGAUAUCGGUGACAGGUCUGGAGUUUGCCUACUCUCAGGCACCGGCCAACAUGAAGAGCACAAUCAUGUCGAUGUGGCUGUUCUCCAUUGCACUGGGCAACAUGUUUGUUGUCAUUGUGGUCGAUGGCAUCAGUAUGGACAAGCGUUGGCAAGAGUUCUUGUUGUACGCAUGCGUAAUGUCAUUAGCCACCAUUGUAUUCAUGGUGAUUGCAUUCCGAUUCAAAGAGGCAGAUGUGUCAAUUAUCAAUUACCGCGAUGACGUCGAUGAUAUCGAUGGAGCUGACGACCGAUCAUCCAAGCCUGGCAGCGAGCAUGGCAGUGGUGGUAUAGGUGUCGUCGUGGAUGAUGAUGAAGUCGACGAUCAUACAUCGUUGGUCCAAUCAUCCAACACAUAUCAACUGAUCACU